GCGUUUCCUUCCCAUCCGGAAGCGAGGAGCAGCCAUUGAUUAGGGACGUGGGGCGUGGCAGGCUUCAUCAACAUGGUUGUACUGACAGAGAAAGACAGACCUGUUGCUCAGAUGUUACUGAAUUCUGGAACAUGUCCCCGCUGUAUUUUCAGGUUCUGUGGUGUAGGAUUGCAGACUUCCUACCGGCAACCUCAUAAGGAUUUAUUUCAUGAACUAUGCAAGUUUCUGGAGAGCAAAGAAGAUGAAAAUAUAUUAUCUUGUGAAAUGGCUAAUCCCCCAUGUAAAAAGAUCAAACUGGAAAAUGCUAAUGGGAUUAAAGAUCAAAACCCAAAUGGAAGCCAUGAGCUAAACAAUAUGGGCAAUGAUGGAAGUAAUGCUCCACCAAUUGAAAACUUGCUGGAACCUGUUGUGUGCAAUAUAUGUUUGGGGAUUCUACAAGAUCUUUGUGAAAUAGACUUUGUCAAAGCUGUAUGCCAUAAGAUUAAUUCUUCUGAAUAUCAGUUUUCCAGUUUUGUGUUUUCAGUGUCAUUCCCACCACAACUUUCAGUCAGAGAGCAUGCAGCAUGGCUGUUAGUGAAAGAAGAAAUGGGGAAACAGGGCCUAUCAAUUGGAAAAGAUGACUUUGUUCAGCUGAAAGAAGCUUACAAAUGGCUUAUCCAUCCCCUGUUCUUGGAGGAGUUGGGAGUUCCUGCUGAUGGAAAGAGCCUGUUUGAAGUGGGUGUUGUAUUUGCUCAUCCAGAGACAGAUGAAGAUUGCUGUUUCCUAGCUUCAGUGUGUCCAAGCUGCUUCAAGCCAGCAAAAAAUAAACAGUCAGUCUUCACCAGAAUGGCUGUGGUAAAAGCUUUGGAUAUGAUUGAUGAAGAAGAGUUUCACAAGAACUAUACAUCUCCUCCAAGUUCACCUAAAACUUCUUGCGCAGCUGUUGACAUUCAAUGCAACAAUGGUGCCAUUUUUGUGGCUGGAAGAUAUAAUAAAUAUUCAAGAACUCUACCUCAGACUCCAUGGAUUAUAGAUGGAGAAAGGAAGAUGGAAUCAUCUGUAGAAGAAUUGAUCUUGGAGCAUCUCAUGGCUGCCUUUAAAGCAGAUAAUUUUAACUUUUCAUCCUCUGGAAGGGAAGAUGUGGAUGUGAGAACAUUAGGCAAUGGAAGGCCCUUUGCAGUUGAGCUGGUUAACCCUCGGAAAGUCCAGUUGGCUGCAGUAGAAAUGAAGGCACUUCAACAGAGGAUCAACAGUUCUUCAGACAAAGUCCAAGUUCGUGAUUUACAACUUGUCAACAGAGAGGCCAUUGUACAUAUGAAAGAAGGGGAAGAAGAGAAGACCAAGUCCUACAGUGCCUUAAUAUGGACAAAGAAAGUGAUCCAAAAGGAAGACAUUAUGUUCCUAGACUCUAUGAAGGAAUUAAAGCUUGAUCAAAAAACUCCAUUACGUGUACUUCAUCGGCGGCCUUUAGCUGUCAGGAUUCGUGUCAUCCACAGCAUGCAAUCAGAGUACAUAGACGAGCAUCAUUUCCGUCUUCACUUGAAGACACAAGCAGGGACUUAUGUUAAAGAAUUUGUACAUGGAGAUUUUGGAAGAACCCAGCCCAAUAUUAGUUUCUUGUUGAAGACAACUGCAGACAUCUUGGAGCUGGAUGUAGAAUCCGUGGAUGUUGACUGGCCACCAGCUCUAGAUGAUUAAGAAACAAUUUUAAUUUUCAAGAGGGAGGGAAAGACUUAUCCAUGGCAAGAUUUAGAGCACUGUGGGAAAUAUUUUAUAGGCUAGCUGGAUGACUUUCCUGGAUUUUUAUAAACCAGUUUAGAUCAUGUUGAUCUGCUCAAGAUUGAUUUGUUUUUAAUUCAGGGGUUCCCAACUGCUGGGCCAGGGCCUAAUGCCGGGCCGUGGUCUAUUCGGAAUUGGGCCCUGUGAGUGGCUGGCUGGAGCACAUGAAGGGCGGGCUGGUGGGCACUUGCACAGGUGGACCCUGGCCCAUUGCUCACACUGGCCCUGCUGCUUGUUCAAGGUUUACCUUCCCCCCCCCCCAGCUGGGCCACCAAGUCGCAAAGGGAACCACUGUUUUAAUUUUUAAAAAUGUCUCAAAUUGAUUUACACACUUUAGACAUAAUGCAUUUCAUUUUAACCUCAUUACCAAUACACUAUAAAUUGGUACCUAUACAGUACGGAUACAGAUUCUCAAACAGAGAAUAAUUUUGAAUUUCUGUGCAAAGGGGAAGAGUAAAAAAAACAAAAACUUUAAUGUUGCAUGACAACUCUCAACAAGACAUUUAAAAGCUUUUUAAUAG